CACAACCCCAACUGCCGCCCGAGACGAAGCGAGCAACCAUGUCUGACACACGCGUGCCACCAAAUCCACUGCCUAGCCUAGUAGGCAAGAAGACGUCGCGCGCAGAUUUCGAAGAGUUGGACUCGCACGCAGAUGAGGAUCAACCUGAGAAGGAGCCUGAUCUGGAACAACCGGCAAAGAAGAAGAAAAAACGAAGGGGCAAACCAAGAAAUGGCUCUGCAGCUGAACGUAGGUUUAAACGCGAGUAUAGAGAGUACAAGAAACAACCAGCAGCUACGGCAUCCGAGGGUGAUGGCAAUCCGCCCCUUGUAAUUAAUCCAAUGCUGCAAUUCCUACAAGCUCUGACUGGCAAGUACCCUAUCUGUUUCUAUAUGCUAUCUUACGACACCUUAGCUUAUAUGCCUUGUUUUAGCUAUACGCGAAAGCAGCAAUGCAUCAUCGCAUUAUGUGUCGAUAGGAACACAGACACAGUCAACCGUACUCCUUUCUACCUCGAGCACUCAGACGGAGUGGAGCCUGUUCUCGUCGAGCACCCAGACAAUUGCUACCUUUCCCAGUUCAUCAACAAUAAGUCUAAGCAUCGUUGCUGAGACACAUACGCCUGUCAAUGGCGACGAUGCUGACGUUGGUAUCAAACGAAUUCAGCGAUCAUGAAGGAGAACUAGACAAGAACACCAGUGAUGGCACGCCUUAGAACUAUGACGACUCUGAUAGCAACACUGGCGGGUAGUGCAAUUUGUCUGCUUAAGAUGUUCAGCGCGUGGGGAACAGUCAAAGUUAACGUUGUAUGCCCUUCGUACGAUGGCCUUUGCAUGUCACUUGAAACAUACGAAGAAUUGGAGCGAAUCCCAAGGACUAAGUUUACGUUUUUAUGUUGCUCUCAAAGAGUAAC